AACCUUUAUCUCUCUCUCAAAAAAAAAUAUUUCAUAACCGUUUACGAUUCGUCAUUGUUUUCGUUCCUUGCUUAUCUUCACCAACAUUCUUCCUUGCUUCUCUUAUGUUUUGAUGAUAGUUGGAAUUCUUGUUGAUUAGCUGUGCGCCAAGUUUAAUUGGAAGGAUGGGUAGCACAUUCAAUCCACAGAUUUUAGUGGAAAAACUAGCCAAGCUGAAUGGCUCACAGACAAGCAUAGAAACUUUGUCACAUUGGUGCAUUUUUCAUAUGAAUAAAGCUAAACAAGUUGUUGAAACGUGGGCUGAACAGUUCCAUUGCUCUCCUCGUGAGAAGAGAUUGGCAUUUCUGUUUCUUGCAAAUGAUAUUUUACAAAAUAGCAGGCGAAAGGGUUCUGAAUUUGUAGGUGAGUUUUGGAAGGUUCUUCCAGAUUCUCUUCGAGAUGUCAUUCAAAAUGGAGACGACUAUGCAAAGAAUCAAGCACUUCGACUGAUUGGUAUAUGGGAAGAAAGAAAAGUUUUUGGUUCUCGUGGUCAAAUUCUUAAGGAAGAAUUUGUUGGGAAGCCUGCUGAAAAUAAUAACCGUGAUGCGAAACCCUUGAACGUAAAACCUACGAAUGUGAAGCCUGUGAACGUGAAACUGAGGCCACCUGCUGGGAAUGCAUUGGAUAAAAUUAUUUCAGGCUAUCAUCAUAUUUAUGGAGGGCAGACAGACGAAGAUGCUGUGUUAAGCAAAUGCAGGAAUGCCAUUAGCUGUCUUGAGAAAGCAGAUAAGGAAAUAGGCCAUGAUAGUAAUUCAGGGCAAUUCCAUGGAUCUGCAGUAGUGAAUGAGCUCCAGGGGCAAAAUGGCAUACUGAAGGACUGCCUCGAGCAGUUAACAGCAAUUGAAUCAUCAAGAGCCAGCCUUGUGUCUCACCUGAGAGAGGCUCUCCAGGAUCAGGAAUUCAAGCUGGGUCAAGUCCGUGGCCAGAUUCAGGCUGCACGUGUUCAGUGGGAACAUGCGAACAAUACCUGCCAACAAUUGUUGAAUGGCAACAAUAUUCAGUCAUUAGCUGAACAGAGCUCAAAGGAAAUUCAAACCUCCAUGACGGCUGCAAGUUUUAUUCCCGGCGACAAGGAGCAAUCAGCUCCAUUAAUGUAUGCACCACCGCAAGUGCUGUUUUCUCAAAAAUCUGGACAAAGUGAGGAAGACCCACGCAAGUCUGCAGCUGCCGCAGUUGCAGCAAAACUGACUGCUUCCACAUCCUCUGCACAGAUGCUGUCUUAUGUGCUAUCCUCUUUAGCAUCUGAAGGUGUCAUAGGAAAUUCGAGGACAGAGUCUUCUGGUGAUUAUCACUCCGAGAAGAGGAUUAAGCUCGAGAAUGACCAGUCAUCUUAUGUGCCAUCUCAGAAUCCUCAACAACCACUUCCUCCAUUUUCACUUUCUGAACCUACCCAACUCACUGCAUCUACAUCCAACCAGCAAUCUACUCCAAAUGAGCCACCACCUCCACCCUCAUCAUCACCUCCCCCAUUGCCCCCACUUCCACCAAUGCCGCUACAAUACCCCGUGCCGCAGUACAUGCAGACUGCUGUAACCGUCAACAAUAUGGCAUACAGCUACGGCGUGACACAACAGCCACCAAUGGCAAUCUAUCCCGGAGUUGGAGUUUCCAUGAACGGUGUAUCUCCUUUUACACCUCCAAUGAAUGCAUAUCAGGGUUUUCAGGGUUCUGAUGGAAAUUACUAUAACCCAUCCUCGUCAAUGCCUAUGGUCCCCAUCUCUCGCCAAUAAAAUUACCAGCCAUAGAGCAUCUCUUUGAGGAAAGGAAAGGUGGCUCAGAACAACCUUUGUAUCUUUACCCAUAACAUUACUAUUGGAAUCUGAUUGUCACUAUAUAAUCAGAUUUGCACAUAGUAAAUGUUUUAUAACCUGUAGUUUAUGAUGGGUGCAAAUUUUCUGGAGUUAAAAUAACUUCAUUCAGUGUUACCUUCGACGAUAAUGGUUUUAUUGAGUAGGAUUAUUUAUCUUUUGGUUGUUGUAUAACAGCAGAUGUUGUUGCCGUGGGGGCUUUUUUUAUGUAUGUUUUCACUUGCUGCUGAAAACGUCACUGAUGUAAUUUUUCAUUAGUGCUAGUCGCCAGCUUGCACAUCGUCAAAAGAUUUGCAUCUUCCCCUAUAGGUGAUUGGUGGUCAGUUAUGUGUACAGACCAGGGUCCAGUUACUUCGAAGCAUUUUUUUUAUAUUAUACAUUAAAGGAUUUGUUAAGAUAUUUCAUUUUUA